CAGCCGGCCGCAAUUGCGGGCGCACCACACCGGCGGGGACCUGAGAGGAGGCGCUGCUGCUGCUGCUGAGGCGUCCCGCAAAAGCCAUGCUAGCGGCAGCCCGCGGGGCGGUGCGCCUGCUCCCCGGAGUCCGGGGCGGAGCGGGGAGCUCCCUGCUCAGUUCUCAGCUGUCCUGGACCAUUCAUUUUCGGGGAAACCACUGGCAGACUUCUAUGCUGGCAUUUCAGGCGUCCCUCCCCAUGAGAGCAGAACCGCGGAAGAAAAAGAAGGCAGAUCCAAGGAGAGAACAAGCACAAAAGGACCGUAUGAAGAAAAAGAUAAAAAAGCUGGAAAAAGCUGCCCUGGAAAUGAUUCCCAUUGAGGAUUUUGUAACACCAUUCAAGUUUUUGGAUGCUUCAAGAGUGCGAGAUAUCUCCCCGCUGUCCUUUGAGGAGAGUGAAAGGCGAGCCCUGCUCUUGAAGAAGUGGGCCCUGUACAAGCAGAAAGAGCAUGAGGCAGAGAUGGAAACACUGAAGUCUCUUAUGGCAGCUCAGCAGGAGGCACUAGAGGAAUUGCGUCUCGAAUCAGAAGAACUUUACCAAGCAGCAAUAAGACGAGACGAUGACCUGUUUCCCUUUGAGAAGGAGGGGCCUACUUACACACCACAGGUUCCUGGCUAUGAGGCUCCUGAAGGGAAAUGCAUCGACGUUACCAAAGUGUACACUCAGUGAGAUCAGAAGAUUGUGCCACGCAGCUGCAUUAAAGGGCAUGAGAGGAGGACACAAUGGGAUGCGACUAGACUAUUUCUUUCGCUUUUUCAAACAUCCCUAUGCAGGUGGCUGUCAAAAGAAAAUAAAAACACCACCUGUCCUUGU